AUGAGGUUCUGCAUUUUGCUCUUCUUUUCUGCGUUUGCGCACGCAAACAAUGCCUAUAUACAACGAGGUCUUGAGGAUCCCUAUGCGGAGACACCUAAAUGUGAGCAAAUACGCAUCAAGGCAUGCCAGGAUUUGCCCUAUAACAUUACCAUAUUUCCCAACGAUAUGGGCCAGUCAACGCAGGAAGAGGCCGGUCAAGAGAUCGGACAGUAUGCUUCGCUGAUCAGAAUACGGUGCAGCCCUUCAUUGAAGUUGUUCUUGUGUUCUUUGUACUUCCCUGUGUGCACGGGAAUGAAGAAGCCUCUACCGCCAUGCCGUUCUCUGUGCGAGCAAAACAGACGGGAUUGCGAACCACUCAUGCGCGGGUUUCGGUAUGAUUGGCCGCCAGUUAUGGAUUGUGCACGCUUUCCAGAAGAUUCGCUAUGUAUAUCCGAAAAUAAAACCGAACAAACGCCGAAAGAACCUUCCUUCACGUGUCCAGCACACAUGCGGGUUCCUCCCAGUUUUGACUUCCGAAUACGGAUGGAAGGUGGACAAGUCAUACCUGACUGCGGGAUUCCAUGCAAUGAGUUUCUGUUCAGUGACUCUUCCUCGCGCCGUUUCUCGAGACUUUGGAUUGGUCUCUGGAGCUGCUUGUGUGCUGCCUCCACUCUGUUCACAGUACUAACUUUUCUCAUUGACAUGCCGCGCUUUCAAUACCCGGAGCGCCCAAUAAUCUUCCUGUCAGCAUGUUACCUUGUGGUUGCGUUGACAUACGUCGCCGGUUUCAUACUAAAUGACAAG